GCUGGGCCUGGGCGGCAGUAGAGUCAGUGGCGGCCGCGGGCGGUGGGAGGAGCCGCGCGGUUCCGGCUGCCCCAGCGAGGCGACCCUUGGGUCCGCGCCGCGGGCGGGGUGGACAGGUAGGCGAGCGGGCAGCUGUGGCUCCGGGGAAGGCUCGGGCUGCGGAGUCCCCUACGGUGCCGGGCGCGCCCCCCGCACCCUCGGCCUCUGGCGUUGAGGCGGGGGAGUAAGGAGAUGCCGACCCAGAGAGACAGCAGUACCAUGUCUCACCCGAUCGCAGGCGGCGGCAGCGGGGACCAUUCUCACCAGGUUCGGGUGAAAGCCUACUACCGCGGGGAUAUCAUGAUAACACAUUUUGAACCUUCCAUCUCUUUUGAAGGCCUUUGCAAUGAGGUUCGAGACAUGUGUUCUUUUGACAAUGAACAGCUUUUCACCAUGAAAUGGAUAGAUGAGGAAGGAGACCCGUGUACAGUAUCAUCUCAGUUGGAGUUAGAAGAAGCCUUUAGGCUUUAUGAGCUAAACAAGGAUUCUGAACUCUUGAUUCAUGUAUUCCCUUGUGUACCGGAACGUCCUGGAAUGCCCUGUCCAGGAGAAGAUAAGUCCAUCUACCGCCGAGGUGCACGCCGCUGGAGAAAGCUUUAUUGUGCAAAUGGCCACACUUUUCAAGCCAAGCGUUUCAACAGGCGUGCCCACUGUGCCAUCUGCACUGAUCGAAUAUGGGGCCUUGGACGUCAGGGAUAUAAAUGCAUCAAUUGCAAACUCCUGGUUCACAAGAAGUGCCACAAACUUGUCACAAUUGAAUGUGGGCGACAUUCUUUGCCACCGGAACCAAUGAUGCCCAUGGACCAGUCAUCCAUGCAUUCAGACCAUGCACAGACAGUAAUUCCAUAUAAUCCUUCAAGUCAUGAGAGUUUGGACCAAGUAGGUGAAGAAAAGGAGGCAAUGAACACCAGGGAAAGUGGCAAAGCUUCAUCCAGUUUAGGGCUUCAGGAUUUUGAUUUGCUCCGAGUAAUAGGAAGAGGAAGUUAUGCCAAAGUACUAUUGGUGCGAUUAAAAAAAACAGAUCGUAUUUAUGCAAUGAAAGUAGUGAAAAAAGAGCUCGUUAAUGAUGAUGAGGAUAUUGACUGGGUACAGACUGAGAAGCAUGUUUUUGAGCAGGCAUCCAAUCAUCCUUUUCUUGUUGGGCUGCAUUCUUGCUUCCAGACAGAAAGCAGAUUGUUCUUUGUCAUAGAGUAUGUAAAUGGAGGAGAUUUAAUGUUUCAUAUGCAGCGCCAAAGAAAACUCCCUGAAGAACAUGCCAGAUUUUACUCUGCAGAAAUCAGUCUAGCAUUAAAUUAUCUUCAUGAACGAGGGAUAAUUUAUAGAGAUUUGAAACUGGACAACGUAUUGCUGGACUCUGAAGGACACAUUAAACUCACUGACUAUGGCAUGUGUAAGGAAGGAUUACGGCCAGGAGAUACAACCAGCACUUUCUGUGGUACUCCUAAUUACAUUGCUCCUGAAAUUUUAAGAGGAGAAGAUUAUGGUUUCAGUGUUGACUGGUGGGCCCUUGGAGUACUAAUGUUUGAGAUGAUGGCAGGAAGGUCUCCAUUUGAUAUUGUUGGGAGCUCUGAUAACCCUGAUCAAAACACAGAGGAUUAUCUUUUUCAAGUUAUUUUGGAAAAACAGAUUCGCAUACCACGUUCUCUGUCUGUAAAAGCUGCAAGUGUCCUGAAGAGCUUCCUCAACAAGGACCCAAAGGAACGCUUGGGUUGUCAUCCUCAGACAGGAUUUGCUGAUAUCCAGGGACACCCAUUCUUCCGAAAUGUUGACUGGGAUAUGAUGGAACAAAAGCAGGUGGUACCUCCGUUUAAACCAAAUAUUUCUGGGGAAUUUGGUUUGGACAACUUCGAUUCUCAGUUUACUAAUGAACCUGUCCAGCUCACUCCAGAUGACGAUGACAUUGUGAGGAAGAUUGAUCAGUCUGAGUUUGAAGGCUUUGAGUACAUCAAUCCUCUGUUGAUGUCUGCAGAAGAAUGUGUCUGAUCCCCCUUUCUCAGCUAUGCAUUUUGCUCAUGUUGCCAUUUAAUGCAUGGAGAAACUUGUUACCAGCCUGGGUACAAUGAACCAUUUUAUAUUUUUCACCUACAAAAAAGCACUCAGUAUAUUCUCUGGUUGGCUGUAAGAAUCAGUUAUUACAUCUAACUUUAACUAUGAAAAAAAAUGAAACUAGUUUCUAGACAAUCGUGUCAAAAUUUAGUUAACACUGGUAAUCCAGCAACCUGCUGAUGAAUAAUAAAGUCGUCCUUUGGUUUAAAGGAAAUACUUACCUGAAAAGAGUGUCUGUUGCAUUAAGGUACAUGGUCCAAUUACAUCAUAAACCUCCCAUGAUUUUUGUCAUAUUCAUCAAGUCAUUUAAGUGUUGGAAUUUAAGUCAUUUUGGAAUAAAAGUAAUUCACAAUAUAACCACUUGUUAUAUUACCUAUUACUUUCUGAGUUCUUUGUAUUUAAAAAUUCAGCUGUAAGUUAAUCAUUGCCUUGGAAAGAUAAGUUAUUGAUUUUUAAGGCAACAGUUGUUAAAAUGGUAGUGAAAGAUGCUGCUUCCUUAGAAAUGAGGAUUACAGAUUCUCCUUAAGGAAGAAAACAGGUGGAUUUUAUUAAGGAUCAGAUCCCAAAUCAUUAGCUAUUUGUGAAAAACUGACUCAACUGAUUUUUUUUUUUAGGGGUUAGCUUCUGAGCUUGUCUCUGUAGCCGAUUUGAACGGGAAUGUCAAUAAAUGUAGUUCAGAGGACCCAGGAUGUAGUUAAAUGCAACACUUCUCAAUAUAUACAAAGUAAAAAAAAAAUUUUUUUAAAUGGAUAUAGAAAAGUACAAUGGUAAUAUUUAUUUCUUAUUGGAGAGUAAAUCCCAUUGUUGCCUUUUGGGAUUUGAUUUAAAUAAUAGGGACCCAUUCACUUGUUACCAAACUUGUAAAAGCCUUCCAGUGGAUAUAGAAUGUAUACUAUAUUUUCCUUAUAAUUCAGGUUACAGGAAAAUAAUUUAUCUUCCAAACAGUGUCUUAACCAUGCGUAUUUAUUCCCCCAAACUACAUUAUCCAUACUUUUGGACCCUAUUAUGGACUCUUCAAUGAAAUUCAGGAAAAAUAAUAAACAUGAAUAAACGUUCAGGAUAUGCAUGUACACUGACAUUCACUACAGUUCCAGCUCCUCAAGGGAGUUUUUGUUAAGUAGGCAACGCAUGUAAUCACAGUAGAAUACAUUUCAGGGGCAGAGUUCUUCAGAUUAUUUUUUAUUAAUAUUAGUGUUCAGCAAUUUAUUAUUUAAAGUGAUGCCAAUAAUAGCAUCCUUCUGUUUAUUUUUAAAUAUUUUUUAUGAAAAGGGACUUAAAAAAUAACCAUGAUCAUUUAAAUUACUUACAAUUACCCAAUCUUAGUAAAAUGUAAUUUUAAGGAAAGCUAUCUAGUCUUUAAAUGUAGAAUGAUUUAAAAUAUGUAGGCAUUUAAUAAAUUAUCUCUGUUUUUGGAUGCUGCAUUUCAUUUGAAAUAUAAUUUUUCCAAAGUUUCUGGCCAGGUAUUAUCUUGUCUUCAAAUAAGUCUGAAAGCAAUGAAAACCUCACAGGAAAUGUUUAUAUACAUUCACAUGUUUAUUUAAGAGGUAUAUAUAUUUCUCUUAAUACCUGAAACGUUUUAAAAGAAAAAGCAGUAUUCACUUCAAAUCAUAAACAUAUAGAAAAUUCUGACAUCUUAGGUCAGAAAUAUGUUUAUGAUCUUACUUUUAAGUGGUACUGUUACCCUUUGGGCAUUAGUUCUCAAAUUUUAGAAUGUGGAAUAAUUGCCUAGUAAGUUUGUUUCAAACGCAUACUGGGCCCACUUAAGAAUUCUAUUGAGUCUUUGGACCUAACUUUAAGAAACACUUUUUCUGAGUUAUUUUAUUUUGUCCUUACCUAAGGACAAAACAGUAUUCAUGAUAAAACAUUUGAGAAGAGGUAGACGGUGAGUUACUCUCUUAUCUACAAUUUUAAAUAAACUUUGAAUGAAUGACUCCUUCAAGUUAGAGAUAUCUUCUCAAAAAAAUGCAUCAAUUUUCUAUCAAUUUUACAAGUGAUGAGCAUUUUUCUGUGAUGAGGUUUUUAACCAUUAUUCAGGGUGGCCUUUUUUUUUUUUUUUUUUUACCUAAUAAGAUUUACUAUGUAUAUUUUAUACAGAAUUGCAUUACAAAUAUGUUUUUAAUUGUAUUCUUUUCUUUUUUCUUUUUUUGUAGUCUUUAUGUGCCAUGCCAAUUCUUUUUAUAUUACAUAGAGGUUUUUUUCUCAAAUUACUCACCAGGGGACUAAGACAGUUGACAGUCAGAAUGGUUGGAAUUUUGGUGUUCUAAGAAAAAAUUUAUUUUGCAUAAGCAUGUAUGUGGUCAGUUCAUUUUAUGUGAAUGCAGCCUGAAAUGGAUAUCAGGUAUCAUGCUUGCUUAUUAGUACCUGUACAUUUACUUUUAAAAUUUUGUUUUUAUUUUUGUCAUGUAGAAUACUGCCUUGGUAUAAUCUGUAUUUGUGUACCUUUUUUUACUUUAAAAAUCUUUAAAUAAAAUGUUUAAUACUCAUCAA